UGUCACUCACUGCAUGUGGUAGACCAUGGCUGCAUCGCUGAGGAACCUAGCGGGUGUGCGCUUCCUGUGCCUCGUGUCCCACCUCAUCCUGCUCAUCACUCUGCUCGUAGAUAUGGAAGAAACCAUUCAUGCCAGUCUGCCCCUCAGACACACCCUGGAUGAGAAGCUCUCCAUACAAACGCAUUUGACAGCUGUUUUCUCUGCUGGUGUGGCGAUGGCUGCAGUGGAACUUACUGGGCUUCUACUAGGCAUCUCUAUACUGGCACCAAUGACUGCACUUUGCUCCGUCCUCUGCCACUCUGUGGCCGUGCUGUGUCUGUUGCAGAGUCUGCUGGACGCCUGGCCUCUGAGUCUGCAUGUGUGUCUGCUGCUCUGCUGCUCUUUCCUGCUCUCCCAAGCUCCUCUGAAGAUGGUUACUACCACCGAGUUCCAGAUAACCUGGCUCACGUCUCCGUUUCUGUUCUGGAUUAUGUGCGAAUUUUUUAUUCUACUGACGACCCUUUAUUUCAAUUAUUCGGGCCCUCCAACGCCCUCCUCCUCCUAA